AUGAGCCCUCACCGUCUGUUUGAAGUUGUAAAGCUUGUAAGUGCUGAUCUGUCUCACAGAAACAUGGAUGAUUGUGUUAAAGAUGUAAUCAAUAGCUUACCAGACAAUCUCCUUUGCCAAAUCUUGUCCAACCUGUCUACGAAAGAAGCUGCUCUGACAUCACUUCUCUCAAAAAGGUGGCGUUAUCUGUUUGCUCUUGUACCAAAUCUUGAUUUUGAUGACUUAUCCUCUCUGCACCCUGAAGUUAUGAUGCUGGACCCGACGAGUUUCAUAAGCUUUGUGGAUAGAGUACUGAAACUGGGAGGGAGAGACCAGGUUAACAAGUUCUCUCUGAAAUGUGGAGUUGGUGUUGAGAGAGAUAACGUCUUCCCUUGGAUAUCAAAUGUGUUGAGACGUGGUGUAUCAGAUCUUUCUCUACACCUCUCUCCUCAAGUGGAUUAUCUGUUGCCUUCAAAUGUCUUUGAGAGCAAGACACUGGUUAGGCUGAAGAUAGCAACUGAACAUAGUCUCGGAAUAAAACUGAGAAAUGUUGAUCUUCCGAAGCUUAAGACUCUCUGUUUGGACUCGGUUGUGUUUGAAGGAGAUGAGAUUGAGAGUGAGUUCGCGGAGCUUAUUUCGUGUUGUCCCUUGCUUGAGGAACUGAUUCUGCGUAAUCUGGCCUGGGAUUCUUGGGAUUAUUGCUCUGUGUCUUCAAAAACCAUCAAGAGACUAUCACUGUGUUUUGAUGAGUAUGAUGAAACUUCCAAUAGCGUUUCAUUUGAUACUCCAAAUGUUGUCUACUUUGAAUAUUCUGAUACUAUAGCGGACAAGUACCCAAAAGUGAACUUUGAUUCAGUGGUUGAAGCUCAUAUUGCUAUUCGUAUGACGGUUGACCAGAGAGCAAAUGCAAUAUAUAGAUCAGAUGGUGAUGAGGAAACAGAGAAGGUUAGUAACGCAACAGAUCUUCUUAUGGGAAUAUGCAAUGUUAAGACCCUACACUUAUCUGACAACACUCUUGAGACACUUAGUUUUUGCUGUGAAGCCAUACCGAUGUUCAACAACUUAACUUAUCUAAGUAUUGAGAGUAAUCUGGAAGUUGGAUGGGAAUCAUUUCCCGAUCUUCUCAAGAAUUGUCCAAAUCUUGAAGUACUUGUCUUCCAAGUAAGCAAAUCAGACCCAUGA